CACAACAGGGAGGUCUAUCCAAGACACUACAUUUGCACAAAGCCCAGGAGGCAGGUGAGAGACAACAAGGAAUGGUUCGAGGGGUGAGGACCACAGGAGACAGAGGGAGCUGGGUAGGAAGAUUGGGGGAGAGAGGAUGUUUCAAGGGAUGGGGGCUGCUGUGAAAGUAGAUCAGAUAGACCUAAUUAAAAAAUAAAAGCAUCGCUUUAGAAGAGUGUUCUCGUAAAAUAGAGGUAUUUGGGGCAGAGGGACAAAAAUGUUCAGAAUAAAGGAAUGCAGGGAAUAAGAUUUUUAAAAAGGAAGGGGGGACUUAGGCUGGUAUCACCUAGCUACAGGUAUGCAGAGAGACAUAAUUCUGAUGUGCUCUGAAAAUGGAGAAAAAAAAAAUGUACGAUGAAUUAAAAAACAGAGUCCUUAAGGUACCCUAGAUCAAAGAUGAACCUUGGCACUCCAGAUGUUUGUGAACUACAUUUACUAUGACGUGGAAACUGCUGAAAUAUUUGCGGGUUUCAAAAAGAAUGAUUAGAGAAAUGGCAGAGGAAUAUUGUAAGAAAAUAAUGGGAAGAGAAAUAGUGAGAAUUGCCGGGGAAAGAAAAAUUAAUUAACGUGUAGAAAAGUGGAGGAAAUGGAAUGAGCGAGCGUAACGAGGCAAGUGAUGUGAGGGGCGAGGAAUGGAUCUGAGAAUAAAAGAUAAAUUUAGAAAUAAGGGCAGAGAGGGGCGGGAGGAAGGGAGAGCAAAAGAGAAGAGAGAAUGAAGAAAUGAGAAAAUACAAAGUGACAGACACAUAAAACAAAGGAGAGAACGGCAGAGACAAAACAACAGAGGGACAAGACGGGGGUAGGGCUUUUUGUCUUCCCCCCUUCCCAAGCUUCCCAGCCAAACUUUUUCAGCUGGCUUCAGUAUUUCAGGGGGGCAGAUGGAAGGCCCCCAAUCUCCAAUAGGGAGGGAGGAGUUUUGACCAAACCAGCUCCAAUUUCAACAAGUGAUCCUUUCCACAGAAGGAGAAAGACCUACUGACAGCUAUUUAGAGAAAUAAUUACAUUCAAUCUUGGAAGGUUUUUAUUAUUAUUGUUAUUUUUUUUUUCCAUUUUAGGACCACUGACUUCCCAUCAGAGAAUUUCCCAGGGAACAUAAAAAGAUGGGGAGAGGGGUACGUAUUUAUUGUACAUUCAUACAGGUCUUCUUGUGUGCUCACUUGACUGUGUGUAUAUUUUUUAUUAGGCAGUACAGUGCCGCAGAACAUGUUGGUGCCUUGCGGUAUAAAUAUUUUAAUGAGUACAUUUAUCAGUGAACUUAUGUGCACACAUUAUACCAUUGAGACUUUGUCCUGGAGGAUCUUAAUGCUGGGGUUAGAUACAUGAAUAGCUAGAAAUGGCACUAUCACAAUUUAGAUGAUCUUGGUGAAUUUCAUGCAGGUGUUACGUUGUUAUUUGUUGUGAUAUAGACAAAUACUGUAUAUGUGUUAAGUAUUUUGUUUUUAUUAAUUAUAAUACAAUUAUAGUAGCACUGUUUAUAUAUCCUAAGUAGAAUGAGGUCGCUCAUCCCAUGAAUUAAACAUCUUAGAAAUUGUGUAGAAAUUGAACGCACCAGAGUAGUUGUAAGUUGUCUUACAAUGUAUUGAGAUAAUUGCAUGCUGUGAUACAGUAGUAUUUAGUGACAUGGAAAAUACAUAUUAACAGAAAAUUAAUGACUCUCUUUAACCCCUUGAGGACCAAACUUCUGGAAUAAAAGGGAAUCAUGACAUGCCACACAUGUCAUGUGUCCUUAAGGGGUUAAAGUUUAGUUGCUGAUUACUAUGACUAUAGAUCAUUGUAUAUGUGGAUCACCUAGAGAUCAUUGUAUGUGGAUCACAUAAAGAUCAGUGUGUGUGGAUCACAUAGAGAUCAUGGUAUGUGGAUCACCUAGAGAUCAUUGUAUGUGGAUCACAUAAAGAUCAUUGUAUGUGGAUCACAUAGAGACCAUAGUAUCUGGAUCACCUAGAGAUCAUUGUAUGUGGAUCACAUAAAGAUAAUUUUAUGUAUGGAUCACCUAGAGAUCAUUGUACGUGGGUAACCUAGAGAUCAUUGUAUGUGGAUCCCCCAGAGAUCAUUGUAUGUGGAUCCCCCAGAGAUCAUUGUAUGUGGAUCACCUAGAGAUCAUUGUACGUGGGUUACCUAGAGAUCAUUGAAUGUGGAUCCCCCAAAGAUCAUUGUAUGUGGAUCACCUAGAGAUUAUUGAACGUGGGUAACCCAGAGAUUAUUGAACGUGGGUAACCCAGAGAUCAUUGUAUGUGGAUCACCUAGAGAUCAUUGUAUGUGUGGAUCACCUAGAGAUCAUUGUAUGUGGAUCCCCCAGAGAUCAUUGUAUGUGUGGAUCACUGAGAGAUCUCUGUGUACAUGUGGAUGACCUGGAGAUCACAGUUAUAUGUGGAUCACCUGGAGAUCAUUGUACGUGGGUAACCUAGAGAUCAUUGUAUGUGGAUCCCCCAGAGAUCAUUGUAUGUGUGGAUCCCCAGAGAUCAUUGUAUGUGGAUCACCUAGAGAUCAUUGUAUGUGGAUCACAUAGAGAUUGUGGUAUGUGGAUCACCUAGAGAUCAUUGUAUGUGGAUCACAUAAAAAUCAUGGUAUGUAGAUAACAUAAAGAUCAUUGUAUGUGGAUCACAUAGAGAUCAUGGUAUGUGUGGAUCGCCUAGAGAUCAUGGUAUGUGGGUAACCUAGAAAUCAUUGUAUGUGGAUCCCCCAGAGAUCAUGGUAUGUGGAUCACAUAAAGAUCAUUGUAUGUAGAUCACCUAGAGAUCAUUGUACGUGGGUAACCUAGAGAUUAUUGUAUGUGUGGAUCCCCAGAGAUCAUUGCAUGUGGAUCCCCCAGAGAUAAUUGUAUGUGUGGAUCCCCCAGAGAUCAUUGUAUGUGGAUCACCUAGAGAUCAUUGUAUGUGGAUCCCCCACAGAUCAUUGUAUGUGUGGAUCACUGAGAGAUCUCUGUGUACAUGUGGAUGACCUGGAGAUCACAGUUAUAUGUGGAUCACCUGGAGUUCUCUGUGUGCAUGGAUUACCUAGAGAUCAAUGUGGAUAAUCCAUCUGGAGAUCAUAUUGUGUGCAUGAAUUACCUGGGGAUCACUGUGUCUAGAUCACCUGGAGAUCACUGCGUUGUCACCUGAAUAUAUCUGUGUAUGUGUGGAUAUCCUAGAUCACUAUGUGCAAAUCACCCGGAGUUCACUAAGUGAAUAUUACUUAGAUAUAAUUGUAUGUGUGGAUCACCUAGAGAUCAUUGUAUGCGGAUUACCUAUAGAUCAUUGUAUGUGUGGAUCACCUAGAGAUCAUUGUAUGUGGAUUACCUAGAGAUCAUUGUAUGUGUGAAUCACCUAGAGAUCAUUGUAUAUGGAUCACAUAAAGAUCAUGGUAUGUGGAUCACCUAGAGAUCUCUACAUUGUAUGUGUAUCACCUAGAGAUCAUUGUUUAUGGAUCACCUAGAGAUCACUGUAUGUGGAUCACCUAGAGAUCAUUGUAUGUGGAUCACAUAAAAAUCAUGGUAUGUGGAUCAGAUAAAGAUCAUUGUAUGUGGAUCACAUAAAGAUCAUUGUAUGUGGAUCACAUAGAGAUCAUGGUAUGUGUGGAUCACCUAGAGAUCAUGGUAUGUGGAUCACCUAGAGAUCUCUACAUUGUAUGUGUAUCACCUAGAGAUCAUUGUUUAUGGAUCACCUAGAGAUCACUGUAUGUGGAUCACCUAGAGAUCAUUGUAUGUGGAUCACCUAGAGAUCAUUGUAUGUGGAUCACAUAAAAAUCAUGGUAUGUGGAUCACAUAAAGAUCAUUGUAUGUGGAUCACAUAAAGAUCAUUGUAUGUGGAUCACAUAGAGAUCAUGGUAUGUGUGGAUCACCUAGAGAUCAUGGUAUGUGGAUCACCUAGAGAUCAUUGUAUGUGGAUCACAUAAAGAUAAUUUUAUGUGUGGAUCACCUAGAGAUCACAUAGUGUGCAUAACUAUGCAUAUAUGGAUCACCAGGAUAUCACAAUGUAUGUGUGAAUAACCUAGAGUUAAUAACCUGGAAUAACCUCCAGUGGAGAUCACUGUGUCUAGAUAACCUGGAAAUCUUUGUGUAUGUGUGGAUAUCCCUGUGAUCACCAUGUGCAAGAAACACUCAGCAAUAAGUGAUUUACACACACCUGGUGAUCACUUUGUGUAUGAAUGACCUGGAGGUCAAUGUGUGUGGAUUACUUGCAGACCACUAUGCGUGAGGACAUUGCUGUGUGUAUGUGUCACGUCUAGAUCAGUGCAAGUGUGGAUUAUCUGGGGAUCCCUGAUCCGGAGUAUGUAUGGAUGACAUUGAGAUCACUAGGUUUGUGUGUGUGUGGAUGACCAGGAAAUCAAUAUGAGGAUCACUUGGAGAUGUGUGAACAAGCUGCAGAUCCGUAUGUCUAUGGAUUACCUGGGUGCCCCACCUGUAUUAAUUACCUAGAGAUUAUGUUGUGUAUGGACCACCAUCUGAAAAUCCCUGUGUAUAUGGAUCACCUAAAGAUACCAUCUCCAUCUGGAGGUCACCAUGGGAAAGUCUCCCCUGGUGAUCACAGUAUGGAUCACCUAGAGCUCAGAGCACAUGGGCCUUAGGGGUAUCACUUGUGUGCAUACAUUACCUGGAGAUCAAUGAAUGUGGAUCACAAGGAGGUCAGUGGUUGUGUAUGGAUCACACGGAGAUCACGGAUUGUAUGAAAGACCUAGGAUGUUACUAUAUGUGGAUCAAGCAAUAAUAACUAUGUGCAUGGACCACCACUUAGAGAUAAAUGUUCAUAUGGAUUAGAUGAGAGCAAUGUAUGUGUGGAUUGAGUUAUAUGAGAUCACUGUGUGUGUCAUCAGGAGAUGUAUGUAUGGACCUCUUGGGUAACACUGUGUUUUCAUACGAAUCACCUAAACCUGUAGAUCACUAUGUAAAAGGAUCACCUGGAAAGCCCUAUAUUUAUAUCACUGGAAGAUCCUUGUCUAUAGGUAUCACCUAAAGCCUAUGUUAGCAUUAUUGACAUAGCAUUCCCUAUUGGAUAUAUGUCAGUCAGAGAUCAGAUGGAGAUCCCUGUGGUUAUAGAUCAGAUGGAGAUCUCUGUGAAUAUAGAUCAGAUGGAGAUCACUGAGGUUCAAGAUCAGAUGGAGAUCACUGUGGGUAUAGAUCACAUGGAGAUCACUGAGGUUCUAGAUCAGAUGGAGAUCACUGUGGGUAUAUAUCAGAUGGAGAUCCUGGUGGUUAUAGAUCAGAUGAAGAUCACUGUGGGUAUAGAUCAAUUUGAUAUCCUGAUGGAUACAGAUCAGAUGAAGGUCCCUAUAGGCACAGAUCAGAUGGAGAUCUCUGUGGGUAUAGAUCAGAUAGAGAUAUCUGUGGGUAUAGAUCAGAUGGAUAUUCCUGAGAUUAUAGAUUAGACGGAGAUCCCUGUGGUUACAGAUCAGAUAGAGAACUCGUGGGUAUAGAUCAGAUGGAGAUCAUGGUGGGUAAAGAGCAGAUGGGGUUUCCUGUGGUUAUAGAUUAGACACAGAUUCCUGUGGGUAUAGAUCAGAAGAAGAUCAGAUGGAGUUUCCUGUGGUUAUAGAUCAAAUGGAGACCACUGUGGGUAUAGAUCAUAUGGAUUUUCCUGCGGGUAUAGAUCAGAUGGCAUUCCUUGUGGCUAUAUAUCAAAUGCAUUUCCCUGUGGGUAUAGAUCAGAUAGAGGUUCCUGUGGGUAUAGAUCAGGUGGACAUCCUGGUGGGUACAGAACCAAUGGAGAUCCUGGUGGGUACAGAUUAGACAAAUUUCCAUGGGAUUAUAGAGUAGAUGGAAAUCCCUGUGGAUAUAGAUCAGAUGAAGAUCCCUGUACAUAUGUAUUAAUUUCCAGAACACCGCUCUAAAUAAAACGUGGGCAUCUUUUUCCCAAAAAGAGAUUAAUUAUAGUGGUUUUUUUUGUGGUAACUGGACCAAAAUGUACUCAUUUUCAUAUUGUCAUCCUUUUAAAAUGCACUGAUUAGCCAUAUUAUUUAGAUUUUGUCAUAGCACUGGCAGAUUCACCAUGAUUUCCUGGACAUAUAUCACAUGUUGAUGGAUGGCACUGCCAAACAGUAAGCAGAACUCACACGCUGCAAUACGUCCUCUAACCUAUCUAAGAGGAAGCCCAAAGCAACUGCUUUCUUUAGACAAAUGCUGAGUACAUCUGCUAUAAAGUACAGGGCAGAACUAUCCAAGUAUUUCCCAACUAGACACUUGUCCGGGAACACAUUAUGGAUCUGGUAUACCUAUUGUAGGGUGGAGGUGCAAUUCCAAAUGAAUGGCCAGCCUUGUGUCUUUCCAAAGGCGACCUUGAAGACAUAAAUUCAUGUUACUGUUCAUAAAGCACUCUUGACUCCGUUUAGGAAAUAUAAACAGUUGUUUCUGCAAGCCAUUUGUUUAUGUAAUUAGGCCGCACCUGCUAUUGAAAGGCAAUCCAGUGAUUCCUUCCUAACAAAAGCAAGAAGUUACUGAACGCAAGUGAUGCGUAAAGAAAACAAGUAAAAUAGAACAGCUUCUCUAAUGAUAUAAACAAUAUGUUAAAACAUUUAAGGGUGGUUGGAAAACACACUAUUUCACUGUAGUUUUCUUUUAGAACAAAAGGUUAGCUAGGUUUUUCACACUUCCUAAACCCAAGAGAUCUGGCCAAUUGGAAUCCUGGUGAAAAUCUUAAGCGGACGUCCGCUUUUGUCCGGGUGGAAUGAAUGCUUUAUUUGCACGGAUGACCUAUGAUCUCUGGAUGAUAAAUAGAGAUUAGGGUCAAGCUUCUCAAGGAAUUUAUUCUCUGGGGUUCAACAGUGCAACCUUUUCCAUCUCUCCCGUCUUCUUGAAUAUAAAUGUUUCGAGGGUGUUUAUAGAGAGCUAGCUUAGUGUGGUUUAGAUAUUUCUUUUAGAGGGACACUCUAAGCACCAUACCGGUCUAUGUUCCUAACACCACACAAAAAGCUUGCUUGAAGGGUCAUUUAUUAAACUUGGAAUUGUAGCAAAUUGAAAUUUGAAUGGCAAAGUUAAAGGAACACUACAUGUUAUAUGUUAAACUGUAUUCCUAACACUACAGUGUCCCUCUGCCUCUGCUACCAACCCUCCAAGCUACCCCCGGCCUGAAAGGCUUAAAAACCUUUUAAUUAACGUACCUGAUUCCAGCGUCAAUGUCACUCGGUGCUGGAUUCGGCUCUGACAUGCGAUGUCAGCCAGAUGAGGCCUUCCACAUAGGAAAGCAUUGACUAAUCGCUUUCCUAUGUUUUUUUUUCCCAACAGGCUCAUGCAAAGGGCGAGGGCAUCCUGCGUUGUUUCGUAGAGUUAAACUCUAUAAAACUGUAGGAAGCUCCUCUAGUGGCUGUCUGGUAGACCACCACCAAAGGCAGUCUUAACCUUGAAAUGUUUCUCUAAAACUGCUUUACAUUACAGAGUUAAGGCAAUAGGGACACUGCACCCAGACCACUGCAAUGAGAUGAAAUGGCCAGGGUGCCUAUAGUGUCUCUUUAAGGCUAUAAUAAUUGAUCUGGAAAAGUUCUCCAACAUAGGACCACUACCUCUUUAGUUUUGUAUAAAGGUGUUACCAUUAUAUAAAAACAUUGGUAUGAUGGCAUGACCCGCUGUAAAUAUUCAAAUGUAUAUAGAAUAUAGAAUGCACACUAUAACAAUCUAAAAAAAAACUUAGCUUUAUUAUGUACAAAAAAGUACCAGAGUGAAAACAUAUAAGAAAAAAUAAACAAAGUGACAUAAGCAAGGGCAAAUACAAUAAAAUAAUAAUAAAUUACCACAAAAAUUCUUACAAGCCUCAAGACAGACACAAGAGUCACCAAACCCCCCAAUGUUUCGGCACCAACUGGCUGCCUUUAUCAAGGGUACUUUUUUGUACAUUAUAAAGCUAAGUUUUUUUGAGAUUGUUAUAGUGUGCAUUCUAUAUUCUAUAUACAUUUGAAUAUUUAAAGCACUUGAGGGAGUGUAUAUGGUUUGCACCUGGCUGUUCUUAUACUAUUUUGUCUCUCCAUGUGCUAUUGUUAUGACCCGCUGUAAAUACACCUCUCCGAGGUGUGUGUCAUAAAUUAGACUUAUCAAGAAUGGUAAAGUAGAACAUUGUUGCGUUUUUGCAUGCUGAACCAACGUUUUAACUUUUUUGCCAUCAAGUUAUCAUUUAGCAACAACAGGAGAGCAGGCACAGGUUAUUGCCUUCUGCUGGGGAAGUGAGGAAUUUUCACAGUAGUGUUUAAAUCAGGCCACUACACUGCUCUAGGCAAGCUAUCUGCCAGCGUUUUAACACGUCUUUAAUUACGAUUGCUAUACAGAUUAUCAUGUUAUGUUUUGAAAAAUAUUUUGCACAGGGAUUAAAACGAUUACUUCUACAUGAGAUGUUACUAAAUUGAGCACAGUUUAAAGAUAGAAUAAAUUAUUUGGAUUAGUCUAAAGAAAUGCAGGGUGAUAAAACUUAAAGUGAUAGUACAGGAUACAGGACACCCUUUUAAAUAUAACAUAUACCCAGCAUGCCCUUUGAAUGUAUAAAACUCUGUAUCUUCUUAUUUAACUUAAUCAGUAAUAUUAUAAUUUAAAAACACAAAGGGAGAUUGGGUGUUGUGCAUUUAGCUCAGUUUGAGAGCAAUCUGGAUUAAAUGUUACAAUCAGGACAAUAACUAUUGGCUGAGAGUGUGUGCUCCUGGUAGUCAAACUGUGCUAAGGCUACUUGACAUCUUAUGAUGGCACGGAACCAGGGCUGUAGUAGUUAGGGUGCUUGGAGUGCCUCUUUUAACCUCUUAAAGACCAAGCUUCUGGAAUAAAAUGGAAUCAUGACAUGUCACACAUGUCAUGUGUCCUUAAGGGGUUAAAGUGAGUCAUCAGAUAUUUGGCCACUUGUGAAUAGCUACAUAGCAAACGUGAGAUUUGGUGAAUUUCAACGGCUAACUUAAUGGCAGCCCAUUGUUCAUUAAAAUAUAGCUGAAAUUACCAAAUUUGCCCUUUGUAAAUUGCCAAAUGGGUUUGACCUAGUAAACGUUCAGCUAAAACAGUUAAAUGAGGACAACAAGAUUCAAUUUGGAACUUAGUGAACAGACCUCUAUGUUUAGAGACCCUCAGCCUUUUGUUUGCCUGUGUGUUGGAGAAGUGAGCUAAAACAGGGGUGCCCAAAAGGUUGACCCCAGAUGUUUUAAACUGCAACUACCAUGAUGCUUUGUCAUUCUAAAGGCAUGCAAAGCAACAUGCGAGUUGUAGUUCUACAACAUCUGGAGAUCUACCUUUUGGGCAGCCCUGGGCUAAAACAUAUUUUCACAGAUGUUGCUUUGUAUAGGGUAUGUUUGUAGAAAGUUGCGUUGGGGACAUGUUAAAUCAUCCUGUUACAAAGCUUCAUUGAAUUAUUUUAUAUUUAUCAGGAUGGACGGGAGUAUUCGCCAGCAGCCACCAACGCGGACAAUGGUGGGGGCAAGAAGAAGCAGAAAGAGAAGGAAAUGGACGAGUUGAAGAAAGAAGUGACGAUGGUUGGUAUAACCUGCGAAAUCACAGCAUUGAUCUGUUUACCUUGUUCUCUGAUACGAUCAUUACUAUAGUGUGGCUACUGUGUAAAAAAAAUUAAAAACAAAAAUGAAACAUUAAACGGUUGAUUAGCUACCCUCUUGGUUAGUUAUGGGAAGCAGAGGAUACAUUUUUCUGUAUAAUGGAUCUUGUAAGAGAUGUACUUUUUCGAGACUGCCUGCAAACACUUUGUCUAGAAGAGCUUGAGAGCUAAGGUUGUAAAAGUCCAAGUCGGGUUUUUUAUUUAUUUUCUCUGUUAAGUAGUCUGACUACACUCUACAGUUAGAUUGUAUUGUUCACAAUAUCGGACAGAGAAUAUAUGUCAACCCUGACAAUAUAUACUAUAACAGUACAAUGAAUCACAAGGAAUCUUGUACAAUAUAAAGAAAGAUUUAGCAAAACGCUUGCAAAAUGCAUUUGUCUGAGCUAAAAGCGUUCUGGGCAUGCAUGCACGCACACACAAAUGUGGCAUACACGCAAACAUGCACUUUUUUAAUGCAUUUUUUUUUCAAAUAACAGAAUUUCUGUUAAAAAUAAAAAAACUAUUUCCUGAUUUACAUUAUAUUGUAACCAGUUGCCUAUUCUAAUAACGCUUUCCAGAUUUUGAAUGUUUGUUUUAGGGACCGUUUAUUAGAGUUGAUAACUGCGUUUAGUAUGACAUUUAUUUUCUACCCCGUUCUUGUAAACUAAUUCAAAUAUUAAAGGACCACUAAAGUCACCCAGACCACUUAAUCUCAAUGAAGUGGUUAGGGUGCAGUGGUCCUGUAUGUUUAACCCUUGACGGUAAAACACUGCUGUUUUGCAGAAAGAGCAAUAUUUAUCUUAAAGGGUUAAACAUCCCUCUAGUGACAGCUACCAGACUCGCUUAAGCUGCACUGACCAAUAAAACUCAUAGGAAACUAUUUACCUCCUACAAGAAGCAUUGGAUGUAUAAGCGGCAAUUGACCAUACAUGCGCGUUAUGUCCCAAAUUAUCCUCUAUUUAUUUCAUUCAUUUUAUUGGAAAAGGGGUUGGGGGGACAUGUAUACACCUCACAAACCGUUUUACCCCAAAGUUUUGCUCCAGCACAGUACCGCCCUACCCUCUGUCCUUCCACUUUUUACAAUUUUUCAUAAUAGAAGGUUUUGGCAUCAUCGGGCAGGAGCAUGGCUAAUUGUCUCAGAGCAGUCAGAUCCUCUAAGCCACUCGGUAGCUCCCCAUUCAUAAAAAAACUGUUUGAAAAGGUUAACUUUCUUUUUCGAGCUGUUUUUAAGAAUGGAGGGCUCCUGAGUGGCUUAGAGCGUCAGCUGGCCAGUCUAAGCCAAACAGCAGCACAUCUGCCUUCCUUUAUGGAGCACAGAGUUUAGGGUUAAUUUUAAUUUUGACUUAAUUUUGAUAUAGCUGUUAUGGAGCCCAAAUGGUUUCUUUAUUCAGAAAUUCUACAUGGAGAAAUAUAGAUUUAAAAAUAUUAUUUUUUAUACAUUAUUUAAAUCAGGCUUUUUUUCCCUAUAACUUAAUCUGUUGAUUUAAGCAUGUACAUCUACAACACGUUUGUCUGUCAUAGAUACAUUUAUUUAUUUGUGCUAUUUUUAUUAUGAAUUUAAAUAGCACUACAAAUCCACAGUAAAAAUGCUCCUGUUUAUUCAUAGAACUUCAGUUACUGGCAGCAUAACGGAUUGUGGCAAACCUGGAACUCAUUAUUUAUUUAUUUUUGUUUUGACAGGAAGAUCAUAAAUUAACUUUGGAAGAAGUGGCUCGAAAAUAUGGAACUGAUCUGGUGAAGGUAUGGUGAAGCAAUUUUAAGAAAUGCAUUUCUAUCAUCUUCUCUACUACAUUCUGAGAGAAUUAUUGCAUUAGCUUUAUCAAAUACAUAUUGCUUACUUUUUUUAUUUAUAAUUUAAAUAUGCCAUAUUUUUGUUUUUGUCUUGUAAAUUUUGGGGCUAUAUAAACUGCUUGUAAUGUAUGAUAUAACAGAAUUCUAUUUACAUAGAAACAUAGAAUGUGACGGCAGAUAAGAACCAUUUGGCCCAUCUAGUCUGCCCAAUUUUCUAAAUACUUUCAUUACUCCCUGGCCUUAUCUUAUAGUUAGGAUAACCUUAUCCACUACCCUCUCAGUAAAGUAAUACUUCCUGAUAUUAUUUUUAAACCUUUGUCCCUCUAAUUUAAGACUGUGUCCUCUUGUUGUGGUAGUUUUUCUUCUUUUAAAUAUAGUCUCCUCCUUUACUGUGUUGAUUCCCUUUAUAUAUUUAAAUGUUUCUAUCAUAUCCCCCCUGUCUCGUCUUUCCUCCAAGCUAUACAAUUUAUAUCUUUCAUUUCAUCUAUCCAGUGUGCUAGCCAAAUGGCUCAAUAAAUACAUUUAAAAAAAAAAAAAAGAAAUAGAAAAUUACAAAAAUAAAUUGUUAGAAAUUGUUUCAGGUGAAUCCAACAUGACUCUACAUCACGUUCAGAAUGCCCCUAAUCGUUCCUAAAAUGCAUAGCUUUUGGGACAAGUUUGAGAGCAUACAAUAAUAAUGUGAAUUACGACCAUGCAAUUAGCUGGUCUUCCAGUGUCUGAAUGAAUUAGUAAUUGAUGAAUUAGUAAUCAUACAACACAAUCCAUUUUGCUUUAAGGGUGUCUCAUCCUGGUGGCACCAGCAUCAGUAUGUAUCGGAAUGCUUAAUCAUCUCAUUACAAGGUUGGUUGGAAUUCUCUCUCGUUAAAUAGGGUUUGACAAACGCUCGCGCAGCAGAGGUAUUGGCCCAAGAUGGACCCAAUGCCCUAACACCACCUCCAACCACUCCAGAGUGGGUGAAGUUUUGCCGCCAGUUGUUUGGUGGCUUUUCCAUUCUCCUAUGGAUUGGUGCAAUCCUCUGCUUCCUGGCGUAUGGAAUUCAAAUUGCAAUGGAGGAUGAACCUAUUAAUGACAAUGUAAGUAUAAGGCUUAUCCAAGGUAUAUCUUAUAUAACUCUGUAAUUCCAGAUUGGCGAAGAUAAUUCUAUCAUUCUGAGACAUUCUAGAUAUGGAGACAAACUCAUAACUACUCAUAUUCCUUCCUGAGUCCUUCUCACAUCAAGAAACCCUUUGGGUAUUCAGACCAACUGUGGUAAUUCUACUACUACGUAAAUCUUCUAGACGUAAAGCCAAACUCCAAUGAUUCUACUAUCCAUAUAAGGCUUUAGACCAAGAUAUGAUUGCGCAAAUAUUGGCAAAAUCCAGUUCCUGGUUUGUGUUAGGACGGCUCAAACCUGCCCUUCACAUGUAAUGAUGUUACUAUCAUCACGCACAACAAGAACAUAAUGUCAUCACGAAACGUAGACAUUUUUUAAAUUAUUCUCACAUCCAGUAAACCAUAAAUAGAUAAACAAAUCCUGGAAACUCUCACAUCUAGAGUCAUUCCAGGUACAGAGCAAAACUCUGAUAGCACAAACUCCUAACUACUCCUUCCUGAGUCCUUCUAAAUUAAGAGCCACUCUGACAGCACAUCAAGAAACCCUUUGGGUAUUGAGACCAACUGUGGUAACUCUACGAGUAUGUAAAUCUUCUAGACUUAAAGCCAAACUCCAAUAAUUCUUCUAUCCAGAUAAGGCUUUGGACCAAGAUAUGUAGUGUGACUGUGAAGUUCAAAUUGAGAUUUUUCUAUCCUUUCAGUGGGGAUGCCAAGAUAGAUAUAAGAAAUGAACAGCAGAGUAAAGAUGUCGAUGCGGUUUUAUCUCUGUUACAAAUGAUCAUGCAUAUUUUAUCCACUGCCUAUCGUGUCCUUACUACAAUACCGUUUACUAUGUUGUAGUUGUACCUCGGAGUGGUCUUGGCGGCUGUUGUCAUUGUCACAGGAUGUUUCUCUUAUUAUCAAGAAGCAAAAAGUUCAAAGAUCAUGGAUUCUUUCAAAAACAUGGUACCUCAGGUAGGUAAUCCUUGGAGGGAGUUUUGUAGUAAAAAGUUCAUAAUAGAUAUAAUUAGGAAAUUGUUGUUAAUGUACUUCCGGGACCAAACAUUCAUAGUAAUUUAAAGGGGUAAUAAUGCAUUAUCCAGGAAACCUCUUUGGUGGUCCAGUGUCACAUCGCACUGUGAGUAGUGUGACUAAUAUUUUUGCACCAUGUCUGCAGCAAGCACUCGUCAUCCGAGAAGAGGAAAAGAUUCAAAUCAACGCUGAGCAUGUAGUGGUCGGUGACCUGGUGGAGAUAAAGGGAGGAGACCGUGUACCUGCAGAUAUCAGAAUUAUCUCAUCACAUGGUUGCAAGGUAGGUACAAUCAUGUAUCAUUAAUAUGAGCAUACAGAAACAUGUACCAGCCUGUAAAUCUCCAGUGUACGAUGAACUACAACUAAUAUAAUCAGCCUCUUGCUAUAGGCCUUUGUAGUUCAUCAGAAUUUACUGACAGACUAAAUGCUAGUAUUGUAAAGGGAACUAUUUAUACACUGAUCAGCCACCUGCCUAAUACCAUGUAGGUUCCCCUCGUGCUACCAUAUCAGCUCUGAUGCGUUGAGGCAUGGACUCCACAAGACCUCUGAUGUGUCUUGUGGUAUCUGGCACCAAGACAUUAGCAGCAGUUCCUUUAAGUCCUGCAGGUUGCCAGACGGGGCCUCCAUAGACUGGAUAUGUUGCUCCAGCACAUCCCAUUGAUGCUCUGUCUGAGAUCACAUUAAGAUCUGGGGAAUUUGGAGUCCAAGGCAACACUUUUAACUGGUAAUUUAUGUUCCUCAAACCAUUAUUGAACAAGUUUUGCAGUGUGGCAGGGUACAUUAUCCUGCUACAAGAGGCCACUUCCAUCAGGGAACACUAUUCCCAUGAAGGAGUGUAUGUGAUCUGCAACAAUCUAUAGGUAGGUGGUUCGUGUCAAAAUAACUUCAACAUUAAUGACAGAACCCACCAAAGUUUCCAAGCAGAAUAUUUCCCAGAGCAUAACUCUGCCUCUGCUAUCCUUCAUCCCAUAGUGCAUCCUGCUGCCAUCUCUUCCCCAGGUAAACAAUGCACAUGCACCCAGUCAUCCACGUGAUCUAAAAGAAAAUAUGAUUUAUCAGACCAGGAAAACGUUAGUUCAGAUACUCAUUUACCCAUUAAAGCCGCUUUCAGUAGUGGACAGAGGUUAUCAUGGUCACGAUGACCUGUUACACCUCUCACACAAGGCAGCCCCUGAAAAAAAGCAAGUAUUGACUUGAAGUAUCUGACCCAAUACCUCCCCGUUAUUACUGCCACGUUUAAUUUAUACCUAACAUGUACCUAACAACAACAAUUGUGCUGUUUUUGUACAGGGAGUGCAGAAUUAUUAGGCAAAUGAGUAUUUUGACCACAUCAUCCUCUUUAUGCAUGUUGUCUUACUCCAAGCUGUAUAGGCUCGAAAGCCUACUACCAAUUAAGCAUAUUAGGUGAUGUGCAUCUCUGUAAUGAGAAGGGGUGUGGUCUAAUGACAUCAACACCCUAUAUCAGGUGUGCAUAAUUAUUAGGCAACUUCCUUUCCUUUGGCAAAAUGGGUCAAAAGAAGGACUUGACAGGCUCAGAAAAGUCAAAAAUAGUGAGAUAUCUUGCAGAGGGAUGCAGCACUCUUAAAAUUGCAAAGCUUCUGAAGCGUGAUCAUCGAACAAUCAAGCGUUUCAUUCAAAAUAGUCAACAGGGUCGCAAGAAGCGUGUGGAAAAACCAAGGCGCAAAAUAAUUGCCCAUGAACUGAGAAAAGUCAAGCGUGCAGCUGCCACGAUGCCACUUGCCACUUGCAGUUUGGCCAUAUUUCAGAGCUGCAACAUCACUGGAGUGCCAAAAAGCACAAGGUGUGCAAUACUCAGAGACAUGGCCAAGGUAAGAAAGGCUGAAAGACGACCACCACUGAACAAGACACACAAGCUGAAGCGUCAAGACUGGGCCAAGAAAUAUCUCAAGACUGAUUUUUCUAAGGUUUUAUGGACUGAUGAAAUGAGAGUGAGUCUUGAUGGGCCAGAUGGAUGGGCCGUGGCUGGAUUGGUAAAGGGCAGAGAGCUCCAGUCCGACUCAGACGCCAGCAAGGUGGAGGUGGAGUACUGGUUUGGGCUGGUAUCAUCAAAGAUGAGCUUGUGGGGCCUUUUUGGGUUGAGGAUGGAGUCAAACUCAACUCCCAGUCCUACUGCCAGUUCCUGGAAGACACCUUCUUCAAGCAGUGGUACAGGAAGAAGUCUGCAUCCUUCAAGAAAAACAUGAUUUUCAUGCAGGACAAUGCUCCAUCACACGCGUCCAAGUACUCCACAGCGUGGCUGGCAAGAAAGGGUAUAAAGAAGAAAAUCUAAUGACAUGGCCUCCUUGUUCACCUGAUCUGAACCCCAUUGAGAACCUGUGGUCCAUCAUCAAAUGUGAGAUUUACAAGGAGGGAAAACAGUACACCUCUCUGAACAGUGUCUGGGAGGCUGUGGUUGCUGCUGCACGCAAUGUUGAUGGUGAACAGAUCAAAACACUGACAGAAUCCAUGGAUGGCAGGCUUUUGAGUGUCCUUGCAAAGAAAAGUGGCUAUAUUGGUCACUGAUUUGUUUUUGUUUUGUUUUUGAAUGUCAAAAAUGUAUAUUUGUGAAUGUUGAGAUGUUAUAUUGGUUUCACUGGUAAUAAUAAAUAAUUGAAAUGGGUAUAUAUUUGUUUUUUGUUAAGUUGCCUAAUAAUUAUGCACAGUAAUAGUCACCUGCACACACAGAUAUCCCCCUAACAUAGCUAUAACUAAAAACAAACUAAAAACUACUUCCAAAAUAUUCAGCUUUGAUAUUAAUGAGUUUUUUGGGUUCAUUGAGAACAUGGUUGUUGUUCAAUAAUAAAAUUAAUCCUCAAAAAUACAACUUGCCUAAUAAUUCUGCACUCCCUGUAUAGAAUGACUUGAUACUCCUAGCAAAGACUCCCGUUAACCCUUACAUAAAAAUGGGAACGCAUGAUCGUGAAUUAAAAUGUCCUAUACAUAGCUGUGGAACACAAUGGCGAUCUGUGGUUAACAAGCCUGAACACCACAGACAAUACCACUUUGAGGGUCAACACCGUACGGAGACACUUCAGUUAAUCAGCUUGUUUAUUUGCUCAGAACCUAGCUCUUAUUGCACACUUAAUUUUAGAAUCAGUGAACGCCGCAUACCUACCCAUAUGCUCAUCAUAAUGACGGUUAAUGCCAGUUGGUGUCAGUUAGUGUUAGUUAGCUCAGCUAGCUUUGCACAUAUACUCCAGAGGAUGCUAGGUGACUCUUCGCUGACCUACAAAUAUACACCUCAGUUAUGCAGGGCACUAACAUAGUCCUGAGAGUGCUCUAACUACCCAAGCUUGACCUAUCUACAUAACAUACAUGCCUGUAAUCUAUCCCAUCUUGUGAAUAAUGUCUAGUAAGUGUAAUGAGUUCGAACACAUGAUGCUUAGAAUGUUCAACGACUCUAAUGGCAUAAUGUUUAGUUUCAACCUGUAACAUGUUUGUUAGUUUAAGCUUAUUAAUAAUACAAAAAUGUGCAAUGUCUUACAUGCCACUGUUCUUAUUGAAAUGUCAAAGUUUACGCUGUUGUGGCAUAAUUGAAUCGAUUUGUAAACACGUGCACAACAUAAUAAAGAAUUUUUAUUUUAUUUUUUUUUAAAAGUUAGAAAAAGUGUGUUUUUAAAAAGAUUUUCAACAUAUUUUACAAUUUUUUUUUAUAGUAAAAUAUAUGAUAGGAGGAAAAUAAUGGUAUCUUUAGAAAGACCAUUUAAUGGCGAGAAAAACAGUAUAUAAUAUGUGUGGGUACAGUAAAUGAGUAAGAGGAAAAUUACAGCUAAACACAAACACCACAGAAAUGUAAAAACAGCCCUGGUCUUUAACUGUAAGAAAAUUGAAAAAUGGUCUGGUCACUAAGGGGUUAAAAGUGAUAACGAAAUGCUGCAUGUACAAAAACCACAACAUUGUUAUUUAUUUGGCAGGUGGACAAUUCCUCUUUGACUGGAGAGUCUGAACCACAAACCCGAUCACCAGAAUUCACUCAUGAAAACCCACUGGAGACCAGAAAUAUCUCUUUCUUCUCCACCAACUGUGUAGAAGGUACACGCGUAGUGAAACAGUCACACCACAAAAAUAUACACAGACAAGACAUAAUCUUUAGCUAUACUUACCUUGCUGAGAGAGAUACUUACCUCACUAAGAGAGAUACUUACCUGAGAGAGAUACUUACCUUACUAAGAGACAUACUUACCUUGCUAAGAGAUAUACUUACCUUGCUAAGAGAGAUACUUACCUUACUAAGAGAGAUUCUUAAAGAGAUGGAAGUUUGGGACUGCAUGUGUGUGAUGGGAGUUAUGUCAGUGUGGGGUGCUGCAUAUAUACAACAAGAGGUGUACCUGGGACUGCAUGUGUGCAGUGGAAGUUGAGCAUUUUGAGGACAGCAUGUUUUUGCAACAGCUUGUGUGUAAUGGGAGUUCUUUUAGUGGUGGUGAGGAUGUGAUAUAAGGUGUAUGUGUGACUGCAUGUGUGUAAUGGGAGUUUUUUUAGUGGUGGUGGGGAUGUGAUAUAAGGUGUAUGUGUGACUGCAUGUGUGUAAUGGGAGUUCUUUUAGUGGUGGUGAGGAUGUGAUAUAAGGUGUAUGUGUGACUGCAUGUGUGUAAUGGGAGUUUUUUUAGUGGUGGUGGGGAUGUGAUAUAAGGUGUAUGUGUGACUGCAUGUGUGUAAUGGGAGUUGUUUCAGAGGGGUGAGUGAUAGAAGGUGUGUGUGAGACUGAAUGUGUAUGAUGAGAGUUGUGUCAGUGUAGGAAGCCUGUAUGUAAGAGAUUGGAGGCAUGUGUGUGACUGCCUGUGUGUAAUGGGAGUUCAUACUAGUGGAUGGAAAUCAUGGUCACUGCUCCCUCCGUUCCUGCAAGUUAACAAUAGCAGAGCGAAUGGUCAGUAAUAUAGAAUUCUGACUUGCAACAAAUCAUCAAUCACCAAGGAGCUCUUACUUUGAUCUGUACCCAGUGGCGGAACACAAGUGAAAGGAGUAGGCUAGUUAGGGACCAUACUUUGGUCUAGUCAUAUGGCUACAUUGUCCCUGGACUUUAACAGUCCUAGAGGACUGGUUUAAAAGUAGAUUGAUUUUAUGUCUCUAGUGGUCAGUGGUCAUGGAAAUCAAAUCAGACAGGGUGUAUCACAUUAACUAUUAAGGUUUAAUUAUGAUGUUUUGUGAUGAUUUUGACCUCAAAUAUACAGACGGAUGGGCAGGCAUACAUAGACCUCAACACACGUAUAAUGGCUGGAAUGUCCGUCUCCUUAUCCCCUUAGAUAUAAUACAGUAACCAUGGGUACACACACAGUCUGUCAAUAGCUGAUCAGGAGAUAUUUAUGAAGCUUAUGUUGGGGUGCUCAGACAAUGCAGCUGAAGGGCAUUGAUAGCAUAGAUUCCCAGCAUCUGUUUCAUUCCAGGAAUGUUUGUUUGUGCGCACAGUUUGGCGCUCCCUCUGUAGAUAAGGAUUAGAGAGCUUGUAUCCUUCCAAAACUAACACUGGGUCAGGAUUUCAAAACACACAGAGAGGAUACUAUUGUGGAUGUGUGAACCCGCACAGAGGAAUGAGGGUCUUUUGUAUCCACUAUGCUAAGUGGCCCAGUAUGGGGCUUUUUAAAAUUCAGCCCAAUUCACAGGGAGAAUGGCUGGAUUUCAAAAGAAAAGUACAUCAAAAGACGGGAGAGACAAAGAAUAAUGGUGUAUUGUGCCAGUCAGUGAUACUGACCAGCACAACCAAUCUGAAUAACUAAACAGGUAGAAAGAGUUACCAAAAAAAAAAAAAAAAAUGUAAAAAAUCAGCAUUUAAAAAGAAAAAAAAAUCUUUAAUAACAUACAUCAAAUACGUUGCCUCUGAUAAUAUUUCCUCCUUAUACUCUGCAUCUUCUUCCUGAUUGGCGACUUUGUUGAUAUGUUUGGAAAUAAUUUGUUGAUGACUGGUGCAGGACUCAGGAAAUGGGAAAACAUGAUAAAGCUUAGUUUUUCCUUUUUUUGAGAACCAGUCCACCUUAAGCUCAUUGUCAGAAGUUACAAUGUAAUGUGAUGUGAUAGCCCACUGACUCUUUGUUUAGUGUAGACUAAAAACAACCCAUGUUUCAUUUCAAUCCUGCAGGUACAGCCAAGGGUAUUGUCAUAGCCACCGGAGACCGCACAGUGAUGGGUAGGAUUGCCACUCUGGCUUCGGGUCUAGAAAUGGGCCGCACACCUAUUGCCAUGGAGAUAGAACACUUUAUCCACAUCAUUACUGGAGUCGCUGUCUUCCUGGGGGUCUCCUUUUUCGUCCUGUCACUUAUCCUAGGGUACUCUUGGCUGGAGGCAGUAAUCUUCCUUAUCGGAAUCAUUGUGGCUAAUGUGCCAGAGGGUCUUCUGGCCACUGUGACAGUAAGUAAUACUGGGUCCCCCCGAGUACUAUAAAUUCUACAUACUUACCAUGAAAAUAAUAGACUCUAGAACGGACUUGGUAUAAUCUCCAAGCAGUGGAUUAUAAAUGUAAAAACAAGGGCAAAUUCAGCAUCAAUGGGUAACUCAUGGGGGCUUGGUUCCUAGAGAAUUUAUUUAUUUCCGGUGUAAUUAAGUUCAACGUAAUUGUUACUGGUUCUAAUAGGUGUUAAUAUAAUGGUCUCGUUGUUACCAUUUAGAGUGUGACAAGAUGGUGAAAAAUGUUGUAAACCCAUAUUUCUGAUAUCAUCUUAAUCUUCUUGUUUUUCACCAAAAGGUGUGCCUGACACUAACAGCUAAGAGGAUGGCCCGUAAGAAUUGCCUGGUUAAAAAUCUGGAAGCCGUGGAGACCCUUGGAUCGACCUCCACCAUCUGUUCCGAUAAAACAGGGACAUUGACACAGAAUCGAAUGACUGUCGCACACAUGUGGUUUGACAAUCAGAUUCAUGAAGCAGAUACCACAGAGGAUCAGUCAGGUUUGGCCCGUUUCUCUCUAAAGGUUUCCUUAACCUCAAGCCAUAUGUAUCACGAUAAUUCAUACAGAAUAUUCAUGUUUCAGGAAAAAAGUCCCCUUUUUUUUUUUAACAAACCUUGAAAUCUGUAGGUAGUUAUAUUUUACAAGUGUUCUAAAAAUGCUCAUUAAUUAAACAAAUCAUAGAAUGUUCAGCCACCAAGAGAUAGUGGUCACCCUCGUCAGGUUGAAACAUUCAGAUUAAUUCUUAAUAAACCAUGGGAAUACAUUUCUUAAAGCCUGAUAACUUGUUCAUAAUUGAUCAAUAAAUUUAUCAAAAUCUAAACAUUACAAAUAUGUUGUCCACCCAAGUAAAACCAAGUUUGAGAGUCAAAUUACUAAUUGAUUUCGGUGAAGCACAGCAUGAAUUAAAUGAAUUCUGAAGAAUGUCCUGCUUCCUAAAUUGAAUAUCAUGAGAGCUUCCAUUGACAACAGCAGAUUUAGAUAUUGAAUUUUACUCAGCUGGGUGCCUUCUCCACCUACCAAACAACCAAGGACUAUCAAAAUUGGCAACCAUGUUGUCGUCAGUGAAUGAUUUGACUUUGGUAGUCGACUCGAAAACCUAAUGUAAUUUAAUUUGCAAGUAAACUCUAAUUACAUUUCUAAUUGGCCUGCACAUUGUCCUACAGUAUGGUAGUGUCCUACCAUAAUAGGUGGUCAUGUGACAUUAUUACAAAACAAUUUACAUUUAUCCUGAAAGAGGAGAGACUCAGGAUUGGAUGUUCUAUCAGCCUACCCUCAUUUAACCCCUUAAGGACACAACUUCUAAAAUAAAAAGGAAUCAUGACGGAAUAUUUCCGUCAUGUGUCCUUAAGGGGCUAAUACUACUGGAGCACUGAACCUCCAUAUAGACUCUAUCCAUUACUAUUGUGUAUGAAAUUAAGAGAAAUGCAACUGAGUUGGUUUUAACAAAUAAAUAAAUUUAAAGCUGUUGACCAAUAUUACCAACGUGUACAGCAGUUGAAAGGAAAUUCAACCUUUGGUAAAAAGAUCACUUUAUAUUUAAAUAAUACAUUUUAAAAAGUGUUUAACCCCUUAAGGACACAUGCCAUGUGUGACAUUUCAUGAUUCCCAUUUAUUCCUGAAGUUUGGUCCUUAAGGGGUUAAAGGACUUAACAAGUCCAAUAUAAUACAUGCUCAUGCUUUAUAUUAAAUCUCAGAUAUAAAAGAUUGUGUCUUCUACAAAAAUCCAAAAUGGAUACUCAAUUAUUUUGUUAAUAUUUUUUUUUUUGUCACCAGAUCUCAAACAUCCACUUCAUUUAUUUUGUUUGUGUCCUUUUUCCAUGUCUGUCUAUAGGUGCCACCUUUGAUAAACGUUCCCUGACCUGGACUGCCCUGUCCCGCAUCGCUGGCCUCUGUAACCGCGCUGUAUUCAAAGUUGGCCAAGAAAACACACCCAUCUCAAAAGUGAGACAGUUCCUGUAGAUUUCAACACACACAUUCGUUCUUCUUUAUGUAACUGUUGCUUACAAAAUUGGACAUAUAGCAGCAUGAUUUACAUUAUUUGCCUUUUUAUUAUUUAUUAUAUAUACAAAUGUGUACAUUUAGCUAGUGUGUUUAAAAUGAGUAGCAAUAAAUUAAAUGAACACAACAUCAUAGUUACUACAGUUUGCUGUAGUGGUUAUGGUGCCAAGGGGUUCUCUGACACCCCCAGCCAUAAUUUGUGAAUGGCUGAAUGUCUUACCUGGCGUUCCCUGCCUCCACUACCAGUACCAGGGAUCACGACAUUUCUAAGCAGGUACAUCAGUUAGUUCUCCUUGGCUGGGAGUGAUCCCUCCAGGGCUUAGUUCAGGAGAACUAAAGGAAGUUCCUGCUUGCCAACUUGCGACACACAGGCGUGGGAAAAAAACCCAAACUAUUUGACUCCUUAAAAUGGCAGGAGGAAGGGUGCCAGGGCACUCUUGACAUAGCGUAACGACUACAAUAAGCUACAGUGGUUAUGGUGCUCAGAGUGUUCCUUUGAACACUAUAGGCUUGUUUCAAACCAUGUUACUAAGUAUCUACUGUAAGCUAUUAUUUUCUAUCGUUAGUGUUAUUGACACUCAGUAGAUAAUAGCGACAACUAAAUACUGACAAGAUUCCAACUUUGUUGCAACCACUGGAAAUGGACAGAUGACUCACAACAUGCAACUCCAUAAUGUAAACUCCAUAUUGUAAGCCCUUACCGCUAUGCCAAUGAUUGUGCAGGAAAAAUAAGUCAGAAAAACACAUUGAAGAUAUAUUUUAAGCUAUAAUCACACAAAUAGUUUGGCCACCAAAGAGUCAAGAUUAAAUAGUAACCAUGUAGUAUAUGACGUAAAUGUUAAUUGCAGUGAAUCAGGAUUCCAAUGCCUUACUAGUUUUAUAGCGAUUAAUACACAUAUCUUUUUUUAAGUGUUCCUGGACACCUAGGACCUUUUUCUCCAUAUAAAUCUGUCAGCCUGUCUGAGAAGCAUGCGGCCUGUUCCGUAAGGUUUGGCAAGCUUCCCUCAUGUUGUGCAAAGAUUCGAACUAUUAGUGCUUAAUGCAGCCCAUGACCACCACCAAGAGUAGAGAAUAAGUUACUCGCCAAAGCUGAAUUUAUAGUCAUCAAUGGCUGGUGGGCAAGUUGAAAUUUUGAUUGCUAAUGUAUGCAUUGUCCGAGCAGAAGGACCAGUUAGAAAACACAGAAUUUAUAUUCUCAAAAUAAAGACACUGGAAGAAGGGCAAUCAAGAUGGAGAAUCAGGAAAGGGUCCAAUGGUACGUUACAUAGUUACAUAGAUGUAAAGAGACUUGCGUCCAUCAAGUUCAGCCUUCCUCACAUAUGUUUUUGCUGUUGAUCUAAAAGAAGGCAAAAAACCCAGUUUGAAGCACUUCCAAUUUUGCAACAAAUUAGAAAAAAAAUUCCUUCUUGACCCCAGAAUGGCAGUCAGAUUUAUCCUUGGAUCAAGCAGUUAUUACCCUACAUUGAAAGAUUAUAUCCUUGAAUAUUCUGUUCUUGCAAGUAUGCAUCUAGUUGCUGUUUGAACAUCUGUAUGGACUCUGCUAAAACCACUUCUUCAGGCAGAGAAUUCCACAUUCUGAUUGUUCUUACAGUAAAAAAAACCUUUCGUUUGCCUUAGACGAAAUCUUCUUUUAGUCUCAUUUUAGUUGUUAACAGGUGACUGUCAGACAGGUGUAAACAUUGCAGUUUCUUAAAGACAAAAAAAACAUGUUUUACAUUGCAGGGUUGAAAUGAUAGGGCAACUGCACGCAGGUUAUUUCAUUGAGAGGAAGUGCUCUGGGUCACUUUAGAGGUCCAUUAAGGCACAACAAUAGCCCAGGUUUUGUCAGUACCCUCACUGGAACAUAACUGGGAAAUGUCUACAUAUUGCAUUGUUGAUGUGCCUUGGUACUGGGUUGAGAACCACUGGUCUAUGGUACCAAGGGCUCUUGGUUUGGAUCUGAAUAUAUCAGUGUAUAUAAACCCUUCCGCUCUCACAAUAGAUUCAUUAUUGCCCUUUUAAAAUGCAGAAAGGAACUGCAGGGGAUGCCUCUGAGUCUGCCCUGCUCAAAUGCAUUGAGCUGUCUUGUGGAUCUGUGAAGAAGAUGAGAGACCGCAAUCCCAAAGUGGCCGAAAUCCCAUUUAAUUCUACAAACAAGUACCAGGUGAGCACCAAAUCCUGAUUAUUAUUUUUAUUAUUUUAUUAUUUAUAUAGCGCCAGCAAAUUCCAUAGCGCUGUACAAUGGGUGGACUAACAGACAUGUAAUUAUAACCAGACAACUGGAUGUACAGGAACAGAGGGGUUGAGGGCCCUGAUCAAUGAGCUCAUUUGCUAGAGGGAGUGGGGUAAAGUUACACAAAGGGUAUAAGUAGGGGUAAUGAAAUAGGUUGCUAGUAAAGUAAAUCACGGAGACCCAGAACAGUGAAUAGCCAGUGUCCCUUUAAAAUAAAUACAUUUAAAUAAAUAAUUCUGGGGUGAAGUUCUAAAAGCGAAGUAGUCACCAUGGAAACCAAUAGAAUGUUAUUGCUGACUGAUUCACUUUAAAACAUUUUCUCCAGAAUUGCUUUUUUCCUAGAACCCCACUAAUUUUACAGUUUAUAAACCUUUUCUAACCUUUUAUAAACCCCACUAAUCUUACAGUUUAUAAACCUUUUCUAACCUUUUAUAAACCCUACUAAUUUGACGGAUUAUAAACCUUUUCUUUAAAGGUUUAGCCCAAGCACUAUGACUACUUCAGUAAUUUGAAGAGGUAAUUUUAUGUGCAAGUGUUUCACGAGACUAUCAUACCAAGGUUAACUCCCAGAGGUCUAAGUCCACCUCUGGCAGCAUAAUUGGCAGUCAUUAGCUAGCCUGGAACAAAAGUUCAGAGUAGGCGAAUAUCAAUUCUGUGCAAAGUUUGUAUCUGCUGGCAGGGCCGCCAUCAGGGGGUGACAACAAUGACUGUUGUCACGGGCCCAGCGGCCCUGGGGGUUCCGGCUGCCCGGGCCCCAUGUGUAGUGGCGGAACUGCCGCCGGUGCAGCUGCACCGGGGCCCGAACAUUGAUGGGGCCCAUCGGGUGGCCCAAGCAUUUUGGGCCACCCGGUGGACCCUAUAUCUUCAGGGGUCUGGUCAGCACUGCGGCCGUGUAAUAGCAUGACCGGGCCCCUUUAAAAUGGCAGCAGAAAGUUGACGGCCGGGCACUUCCUCCCAGCUUACUCCGUGCGGGAAGGAGGAAGCAGACAGGAGGCCGCGAGGAGGGGAGAGACAGCCAACUCCCAUCAUCCCCAGCCACCCUCCUGCAAUGAAACGCUAAUGAACAGGAGGGUGGCUGAAAAUGAGCUGUGCAUGUGUAUGUAUGUAUGUAUAAAUGUCAGUAUGUAUGUGAGGGAAUGUGUGUCAGUAUGUAUGUGUGUGAAUGAAUGUCAGUAUGUACGUAUGUGUGUAAAUGUAUGUAGGUAUGUCAGUAUGUGUAUGUAUAUGUAUGCAUAUGUAUGUAUGUGUCUGUAUGUAAGUAUGUAUGUGUCUGUAUGUAUGUAUGUAUGUAUGUCAGCAUGUGUAUGUAUAUGUAUGUUUGUGCCUGCAUGUCAGUAUGUAUGUAUACAUCAGUAUGUAUGUCAGUGUGUGUGUAUGUUAGUAUGUAUGCCAGUAUGUAUGUAUGUUUGUCAGUAUGUAUGUAUGUAUGUAUGUAUGUCAGUAUCUAUGUAUGUAUGUAAUUAUGUAUGUAUGUAUGUGUCUGUAUGCCAGUAUGUAUGUCUGUAUGUAUGUGUGUGUGUCAGUAUGUGUGUAUGUCAGUAUGUUUGUCAGUGUGUGUGUGUGUGUGUGUGUCUGUGUGUCAGUAUGUAUGUGUGUGUCUGUAUCUCCUUAUGUGUGUGUGUGUGUCUGUAUGUACAUUAGAAUGUGUCUGUGUGUCUGUAUAUGUGUGUGUGUCUCAGUACGUGUGUGUCAGUAUGCCUGUAUGUAUGUAUGUCUGUUUAAGUAUGUGUGUCUGUUAGUAUGUGUGUUUAAUUUUGUAUCAGUGUGUGUGUCUGUGUUUGUAUCUGUGCGUGUAUUCCUGGGGGGCGGGCUUGGAGGUGGCACCAGGGUGCCCAGACCUUGAGCUGUGUUGGGGGCCCCAAAUUUCUGAUGGCCGCGCUGUCUGCUGGCACCUGACAGCCAGUGGCCGCACGCCCUAACCCACCUCCAUGCUGUCACUAUCUUUCCCUCAGGCCAUCCCCACUGACCUCACUUUCCAGCAAGAGAGAACUUGGUCUCAGCAAUGGAAAAGAGGUAAGUUUAGGUUUAUUUAUUUAUUUUGCAUUCGGGAGGCUGACCAACACAGAAAGAGUUACUCUAACCAAUACCAGUGUUUUUGGUUGAAGUAACCCUUUAAAAUAAAGCAAUCUAAGGUAUUGGCUACUUGAGUUUACAUAUUUAAGUUUUGAUACAAAAUUGUUAAAAACAUUAAUUAUCAAUACAUUAUAAAUAGAAUUUUACAAUAUUAUCCUGCAUUUUGUCUUAGUGUGCAGAAUUGUACUGGUCAUUAGCAGAUCGUCUUCCUCUCAUAAUGAUCCUUAACAUCAGAGACAAAGGGAUUCAUUUUUCCAGCCUGAAAUUAUGGAAAAUUGACAAGAGAACCUUUUUUGGCAAAAAUAACCGAAUUGCUAAAUUUCUAAUUAUUUUUAACUAAAUAGCCGAUUUGGAAUUUUUAAUAUAAUUUUUCCAAACGUCUAUUUUGGCCUGAGAUCACAAUUCCAUUAUCAUGCUUCCCAUGUCUCCACAAUGUUUUAUAUUUAUUGAAUUUAAAAAGUAAUUGCUUUUCUUGGAGAGCUAAUUGAGGAUAUAAGUCAGAAAAAAAAAAUGGAUUGGACACAAAUAUAUUUCACAAACUGUUUGGCUUCAGUGUUCAUUAACUAAACAGUGACUUGGCACUUCAGUCCAAAAUUCAGUCACGAGUAGUAAAACUUUUGCCUUUAUUUGCGAAUCAUUUGCUGAUUCGUACAGUGAGUACCCAAAUCUUUUUCUUUUAAGUAAGGAACUGAUAUUGGCGCAUUAAAUCUCUGGUCAGUUUUAGCCACUCUGUACAUACUAUAAUAGUACAGUGAAUGGUUAAAAUGUAACAAUAAAUAUGCAGUGGAUCUUAAAACUAGGCUACGUUCCUAUUUGCCCUAGGCUAGCAGCUAGGGAGUUUCCAUAGCAACCACAAUGCAUGCGCUAUGCUUACUAUGCUCCAAGCGCAGAAGGACCACCCUUGGGAGAGUUUUUCUGCUCUCCCUUGUCAGUCAAAUCAUCGGCAUGGAGUUUAUUUUAUUUCUCUGAUUUCUCUUGUGCUACUGUUUCGAUAGUUCUUGUGUAUUGUUUCUGGAAGUGCCUGCCAGUGAUUUGCAUCUGUUUUUGUCUCUCCAUCCCCAGCUGUCAAUUCACGAGCGAGAAGACAAUCCGGAAGGCCACCUACUGGUGAUGAAAGGGGCCCCGGAAAGAAUCCUUGACCGGUGUUCCACCAUCAUGGUACAUGGCCAGGAGGUGACUCUGGAUGAGGAAAUGAAGGAUGCUUUCCAAAAUGCUUAUUUUGAGCUUGGAGGACUGGGGGAGAGAGUAUUAGGUGGGUUUUUCAGUGCCACAAUCUAGAUUUAUAAAACACAUAACAAAUCUAGAAUCUAAAAUUGAAGGCUUGCUCUAGGCACCCAAAUAUAAAGUGCAAUUCACAGGUUAAUUUACAGAUAGUUAUGCUGGAUGUAAUUUGUAUUAAUCUUCUCCAGAUUGUUUUUGUUUGUUUGUUUUUGUAAAGAGACAAGGUGAAGCUAAACGGUGACUAGGACACUAUAUUGUUAGUAAUACCCAUUUGUAUCCCUAACGCUAGUGUUCCUUUAAGAAACGCAUCUUUAUAACAGCCACAUCCUGCCGUUUGCACAGAGUACAUUUUGCUCCUGUCCGAACUACAGGGAAAUGUUGUUAUGAAGAUUCUUGUAUCACUGUCAGCCGGCUCACAAAAUUAUUCGUACUUGGAACACGGCUUACAAACCCUUUGUCUUUAUGAAAUAUUCUGACAGGUUUAUUAUAUUUAGAAAGUCAAGACUUCAGCUGUUCUAAACCUAAUCCUACAGUGUUUUGGAAUAAUCCAGGGGAUUUCCUGCCCUUAAUUCCAUAAUUCCAAACGAGCUCUGAGUUACGCAGAACUAAUAAAAGGACGUAUACAUCAGCCAGUGGGCCAGUAAAAGACACUUACUGUCAUUGACCUAGAAUCAGAUUGGAAUAACUUCACUUUAACUAUUUCUGUACUUUAAUAAAAACUUUAGAAAACUAAUUGUACUGCGACAUACCUCAGAUUCCGAGGUAGUAUGUUUGUGAGAAGCCUAUCAGUUUUAUGAGCGGUGAUGCCUAUGAUGAAGACAGUAUUACCAGCACGCAGUGGGUACAUGUAGCAUUACUGGCAUCAUCACACAGCCUGGUGUUGGAGAUUUGAUAGAUGAAAAACACUAAAACAGGCAUAUCUCCCAAGUGUCCUAGAUCUGGCAGGACAGUCUUAAUUUGAGAACUGUCAACCUGAGCUAUUUCUUUACGGAGACAGCAGACAAGUUCCCAUAAGUACCAGUUUUGUCCUCUGAUUUAUAAUCCUCUCUCCUCAGGACUCACUUGUGCAGCCCCCUGUUUCCCUUAUAGUUAGAAGGCAGGGGCUGGCUCCUGGUACACAGCCCAAGACUGGGAAAGAAGUAGGUGUAGUGAGCGUAGCUGAAAGGGCACAUGCCACAAUGUCCCCAGCUGUCAGGAUCAUGUUGGGCUGUUACAGAGAUAGAAUCAGCAGAUGCACCACUCAGCUUUAAAGGGACACUAUAGUCACCAAAACAACUUUAGGUCAAUGAAGCAGGUGUAUAUAUGUAUACAUCAUGCCCCUGCAGUCUCCGUGCUCAAUAUUCUACCAUUUAGGAGUUAAUUCACUUUUGCUUUCAUUUAUACAACCAUAGUCACACCUCCCCUGACUGUGACUGACACAUCCUGCAUGAAAAAAAUGGUUACAUUUUCAAACUUACUUUAGAGGUUUGUAUCUUCUGCUCUGUAAAUAGGACUUUAGUCACAUACAGGAGCAGCAAUCUAUUUACAGACAAGAGAUAAUAAAUUCUAAGUGAAACUGAAUUUGCAAUAAAUUAAUUGUAAACAUCAGAUCUCUCUUUACAGGAAGUGUCUAGCAAUGCUGUGUAUGUUACACGUAUUGGAGGUGUCACUAGGGCUAUAUAAACAAAGUGAUUUAACUCCUAAAUGGCAGAGGAUCUAUACACCGAAACUGCUUCAUUAAACUAAAGUUGUUUUGGAGACUAUUGUGUCCCCUUUAAUUUCCAGACCAUCCACGUUACAGUCACCAAAACAACUUCAGCUCAAUUAAGCCUCACACAGUCUCACUGCUUAAUACUCUGAAAUUUGGGAGUUUAUAUGCUUUUGUUUCUGUCAAUGUACUAGCCUUAAAUGUUGCACAUACUGAAAUAUUUGCACCUUUGUGCAAUUUGCUAAUUGCACAACCAAAACUCAAGACUUAGGCAGCCAGGAACCCUGUUCUGGGCUGCCUGAUGUCAGUUCUGUGCAAAAAUUAAGUUUGUCUUCAUUGCACUGGCAACAGAUAUGAGCUUUUGUGUUUCCCCUCCUUCCCUGCUGUCAUUUAAAUCGCCCCCCACCCCCCAGCCGUCACUACUUCACUAUAGUUUUAAUGUUUCUUUUCUUUUUUUUUUUCACCAUCUUUCUCUUGAUACAGGCUUCUGCCAGGGACACAUGUCUCCUACAGAUUUUCCACGUGGAUUUAAAUUUGACACUGAUGAACUCAACUUUCCCACCGAUAACCUGUGCUUCAUAGGGCUAAUUUCCAUGAUAGACCCUCCAAGAGCUGCCGUACCUGACGCAGUUGGAAAAUGCCGCAGCGCAGGAAUCAAGGUAAAUAUUUCCGACAGAUACAAAAGGUGAAAAAAAAAAAUUUCACAUGUGCAUAAAAAGCUGUUUUCAUUUUCAACAGUCUCAAAUUUGCUGGGACAGUCCUGUAUUUUGGGAUACUGUCCCAGCUAAUAUAGGUCCUAUGGAUCGGUCCAGCAGAUUUAAAAAAAUUGGUGACUGGUCAGAUUUCAAAAGACUGGGGACUGGUCACUAGGAGCAUGAAUGACUAUUUCAGUGGUACUCCAGGCAUGGUCUGCUGGACAAGGAGUAUUCUCAGAAUACUCUUGCGACCCGUUUUUUGCUCUCCAUAAGUUUAAAGGGUAAUCCAGACGUGGACCCCUUGCUCACGGUGCCUAGAGAGAUAUCAGCUAUGCCUCACUGAUGAUGCCUAACAAGGCUGGGGUUGCUGUAUCUCUCGUGCAGAGAGAACUUGCUGGCAUUUCGGAUCUGGACUGCCCGUAUGGGUGGGACCAGUCUGAUAUGCUUCAGAUAUGUUCUCUCUGUAAUGGCACAAGAUGAGCUAAAACCAGCUUGAGUUCUGAGCGGGGACCCACCGAAGGGCUGGCUAUUUCAGCUGCUGUCCGUUCUCAGAAUACUCUUGCGACCCGUUUUUUGCUGGACAAGGUAGGCCAUCAGUCACCCUGGCCAGACCUUUGACAAGCAGAAUUAGUCCCUGCAUGCAUGCAGAUAUGCAUUGUGAGAGCGUGUAGAUGUCGAAUGUGUACGGUCAAUGGUAAAGGGAGAUAAAGUGGGAGACAUGAAGAGAUUGUUUUAAACCUUAUAUUUAUCCAUCAUUUUAAUGGUAGGCAAAUAUGCUAGUUUUUUGGGAUAAAAAUGCAAAUUUUGAAGUGUCUGUUUCAGAACCAAUUACUGCCUUUACAGCGUCUCGGUGAUGCAAGUGUCUGGAAUAUGCAAGGAAGUGAGUCUUCCAAAUGCUGCAUCUUAAAAUAAGCUAAAAUCAACAAAAACGCAGGGUUUCAAUAAUCACAGUAGCUGUAAAACCUGAAAACUUUAGACACAAGACACUGUUUUGCACAUCAAAGUAGAACAUGCCCCAUUACAAAACAAUAUGGAUUUCAUGAGAAUUGGCACUGAUAAUUCUUCAAUGACUGUCUUUGCAGGUGAUUAUGGUUACUGGUGACCAUCCGAUUACAGCAAAAGCCAUUGCUAAAGGUGUGGGCAUUAUCUCAGAGGGAAACGAGACGGUGGAGGACAUUGCAGCUCGGCUAAACAUCCCGGUUAAUCAGGUGAACCCCAGGUCGGUGGGCUUGUUUUACUGUGAUGUAACCGCCCCCCAACACUGAGAGAAGUAAAAUGUGCACUUAGACACAGAAUAUAGUGUAAUUAAUUGUAGCAGAGUCCUAUUCUGUAGUGUUGAAAGGUUUAUUGCAAAUGCCGUAGAUAGAAUGUUAAAUGCCGUAGAUAGAAUGUUAAUGCCAUGCAUAACACUAGCAGUCCCAUAACUACCAUGACAGCUGCACACCCAGCCACUUGCUGUCCCCCAAAUGAUGUCCCCAUGCAUUGUGGGAUGUCAAACAAUUCCUUUUGGUUGUGAAUUGCUUCACACACUGAUAAUUACAUCCAUUUAUCGGUGUUAAGUUCUUCGGCUAUUUUUUGUUAUUAGUUCAUUUAAGACCAGGGAAUUUGUUAACUGAGUUUUUAACUGAUUUGCAAACGUGAAGUUGAAACAGUCAACCGAUUAGACCAGUGUUUCCCAACCCAGUCCUCGAGGCACACCUACCAGUCCAGAAUUUAGGGAUUACCCAGUUGUGUCUAAGGUGUUUUUACAAAGAAGAAAAAAAACACCUUAGACACAACUGGGUAAUCCCUAAAUCCUGGACUGGUAGGUGUGCCUUGAGGACUGGGUUGGGAAACACUGGAUUAGACGAAUAGACCCUGUGGUUCAGGAAGAAAUAAAUGUAGCAUAUUAGCACUGAAACCCUAGCUGUAUAUCUGCUAAUACCAAUUAGAUGCAUUAUUGGGGAAAAAACUAUCAACAUAGCGUUUAUAAUUCUUCAAUAAUUUUAUUAAAUGACUGGAAUACUUAUAAAAUAAUAGACCGGUAUAAUACGGAGAGUAAGAGGAAGGGGUGAUUUGCCAGCACAUGGUCUAAAUAUUAGUGCAUAGCAUGGAACAAGCGGUUUUGAUAUCUGUGAUCUAAGGCUGGUCACUCUCAUUGUAUCAACAACAGGUUUCAGCCUAGUUAUUCUAACCUUCUAAGUCGAGCUGGUCAUAUAGUAGUUAGAUGUUUUUUUUUUAAUCUAGUUUAUAGAAUUUAGAAAUAGGAUUUCCCUGAGACUUGCUACGCAUGCAGACUGAGAAAAUGGUCUUAAAAUUAUCUUUUCAAACCCAAGGUUCCUAGUUGAAGUACUAUAAGGUGGGAGCAGACUUUGGUGAUUCUAUAACACCCUUUGACAAGGUGACAGCUGAAUAAAUGUCUGUCUGUAUUCUUACUUUUCUCAGAGAGGCCAAGGCUUGUGUCGUCCAUGGUUCAGACCUUAAAGACAUGACGUCUGAACAGUUGGAUGACAUUCUGAAAAACCACACAGAGAUCGUGUUUGCCCGGACAUCCCCUCAGCAAAAGCUGAUCAUUGUGGAGGGCUGCCAGAGAAUGGUAUGCAGUAAAAGAAAAUAUAUAAAAAAAAAUUACUUUGAUCACCAAAAAGCUCCCUCUAUACAAAUUACAAAGCCUCAACUUCAGCAAAUCACUUGCAUAGAGUCAUACAUUUGUAACAAUUGAAAAUUUUAAUUCUUCACCUAAACUAUGGCUCAAAAGCUUGCUGUCUGGGUGUCCAUCUGGUUUGUACCCUCUCUUCAGUGAUACUGUUAGGGUACCAGGCUUACCUUGUAGACCCUGAAGUAGUCUACAGCUCUCUAAACCAAUUUAUCUGAAGGAUUAUCUUCUGGAAAUGGGGAGGGAAUAUUAGGAUAAACUUAAAUGUGUUACUGAUUAUCUGAAUUAGAUGGUUACGGGAAUGAAGGCAUAAUUAUUGCUGCAAUUAAAUGUGGGCUGUAUCUGGAUCUGUUAAUCAGAAGAUAAAAGUGUGACGGUGGUCACCAUCACUGGGGGCUGAAGAUGGACACUUUAUGGAGGUCCCCAGAUUACUCCUAUGUUUUAGUCACCCUGUGCCCAUUAUAGGUACAGGGUGUGUAUUUUUCUCCCCAAUUUCCUUAUUGUAUUACAAGAAGCGUGUUGUCCCAUUGUCCCACAGACACUUCCAGGCAAGUUUAAACUGGCUGUUUUGCCAUGCCCUUAAAUCUCCAAUGUGGUCCUUAGUCCUUGUUGUUGUUUUCCCCCACCCUGCUUUGUAAACACAGUAAUGCAUUUACCCUAAUGGAAUUUAAUUGGGUUAUUGUGUGAUUGUGAAACUGUUAUUAUGCAACACUUCUUGGUCUCCAGCAGGUAAUUAAAUAAUGGUGACUUAAACUAAUUAUGUCCUGGACACCAAGACUCUGGGGAGGGACCUUCAUUGUUUAAACUUAUGACCUCCUGUGGGGAAUGUGCCUGUAAAAUACCUGUGUUGUGUUCAAUAAAGUCAGUUCUACUUCACCCUUCACUAAGUCUUCGCUAGUGUUUGGGUGAGACAGCUACCAGCUAUAUGCUCUGCAGGAGAGAGUUAUCACUUGGAUCUGUACCCAGAACCCUGUUCCAGGGCGGGAAGCUACAGAGAGACCCCAGCCAAGCUGAGUCGGCUUGGAGAUUAAGCACUACUAGUGUCCGGGUGAUAGCUAGGAAGCGAGCUUGAGGUACCCAGUCGGGGUGCCAGACGGCCCGUCACAAAAAGAAUGUCUAAAUAUUCUGAAUAUAAAAUUGGCUCCUGCUCAUGAUACUCAUUUUUAUAUAAAUACUAAAUUUGCAACUUCAAGGCCCCCGCGGAAAGGCUCCACUACAGCAUUCCUAUUUUGAUUAACAUCACGUCACAUUAAAUUUAUUCAAUGAGGAAUUCAAAUGUGAGCCCAACUCAAGGUAAUUUAGGGAGAUUCUUCAAAUACUGUAACCCCUACAGCUUAUUCUAGAUUUAAAAAGUUGAAGGAGUAUUUAGGUGCAGUGCCCCUGUAUUUGGCCAUCUGCUACAUAGUGGUUUGGCAAUUGUUUUUAUCAUCACAGCCAGUUGUUAGCUUCCUGGUCAAAGCUUGCCUCUCUGGGUUUGUAGCUCCACAUUAGCCACCCAAAUUCCAAUCCCUUUCCAAAUGGUUCUACCAAAGUUUGGUGGCUCAUUGGAAUAUACAACCUCAUCAGGAUAAAUGGGGAUGUAACUCAGGGCAAACAAAAUGGCACAUACAAGUACAUUUUUUGAAUAGAUUUUCUUACAUAUAAAUCGUUUGAUUUUGGUCCAAAUGUCAUCUCCUACACAGGGCGCCAUUGUAGCUGUAACUGGUGAUGGUGUGAACGAUUCCCCGGCUUUGAAGAAGGCCGACAUUGGCGUGGCUAUGGGUAUAGCAGGAUCGGAUGUCUCAAAGCAAGCUGCAGACAUGAUUUUGCUGGAUGACAACUUUGCGUCCAUUGUGACUGGAGUGGAGGAAGGUUUGUAAGUCUGUGUAGAAUCCUCACACAGAGUGGGACCUGUAAGCAAACGGUUCUACUUCCAACGAUUGACAGAGUUUUAUAGCAAUCUUCACCAUGGAGGAGUUAGCUGGCUGAUUUAAAGGUUCCCUGUAACCUGAUAUAUGGCCAAGCUAUAGUAGAUCAAGUUGUAAUUAUCAUUUGAAGAGAUAAAAGUACAAAGAUGGAAAUUUUACAAUUGAAUCACAAAAUAAUAGGGCAUUUCAUUUGUAGGUUAUUCUAGCAAAGAAACUGUAUAUGCUACAAUUAUUCCCCCCCCCCCCCCCCCCCAUCUAAUAAUUCAGUAUGAUAUAAAAUAAAAUCUCCAAUACUCUGCACCCCAACAUUUCUGGGGGGGAAAUGAAUGAAUAAAUAUGGUCAGUUUCUAAAUAUUUUUUGGGUGUCCCAGAAUAGCAAUAUAUACUCUGUAUACUGUAUAUAAAUAAAUACGCAUUAUGUGUUUAAAAUAAGUGUUCCAAUUCAGAUUAACCUUCAUGUUAACACUGGUUUCAUGGUGUCAUACUAUGUUAAGAUCUCGUUUUUUUGGAGGGGUGGGGGAGGGGGCAAUCGUAUGUAACACAUUAUAUUGCUCCGGAUAUCUCUAUGUUUUAGAAUAAAUAUUUUUUUUUCUACGGACCUCUCUUGCGUUCUUUCUCUCUCAGGACGUCUAAUUUUUGAUAACCUGAAGAAGUCCAUUGCGUACACGUUGACCAGUAACAUCCCAGAGAUUACCCCUUUUCUAUUCUUCAUCAUUGCCAACAUCCCCCUGCCACUGGGCACAGUUACCAUCCUCUGUAUAGAUCUGGGCACUGACAUGGUGAGUGGCGAGUAUAUCAAAGGAGAAAAGCACAGUCUAUGUUGGGGAGGAGGUUGUGAUGGGUACAGUAGAAUAACACUCAUACUAUCGGUUUCUAAUGAAGCCAACAUUUUCUUAAUAUUUUUAAAAUAUUCUUAUGCUCACUGAUCAGAUAGUCAUGUACUAACAAAGAAAACAGAGUUGUAUAUGUAAGAAAAAGUUACAAUAAAAUGUAACACAUCCAGAGCAUUAUGAUGUUUCAUACCAGAUAAGAAGUAUAAUAUCAGCACAGUCUGUGUGUGACAACGCGAAGUAUAACAUUAGCACAGUCUGACCAUCCAUGUGACAAUGAGAAGUAUAAUAUUAUAUGUGCUAAUACUAUACUUCUCACUGUCACAUGGAUGGUCUGACUGUGCUAAUAGUAUACUUCUCAUUGUCACAUGGAUGGUCUGACUGUGCUAAUAUUAUACUUCUCACUGUCACAUGGAUGGUCAGACUGUGCUAAUAGUAUACUUCUCAUUGUCACAUGGAUGGUCUGACUGUGCUAAUAUUAUACUUCUCACUGUCACAUGGAUAGUCUGACUGUGCUAAUAUUAUACUUCUCACUGUCACAUGGAUGGUCAGACUGUGCUAAUAUUAUACUUCUCAUUGUCACAUGGAUGGUCUGACUGUGCUAAUAUUAUACUUCUCACUGUCACAUGGAUGGUCAGACUGUGCUAAUAGUAUACUUCUCAUUGUCACAUGGAUGGUCAGACUGUGCUAAUAGUAUACUUCUCAUUGUCACAUGGAUGGUCAGACUGUGCUAAUAUUAUACUUCUCACUGACACAUGGAUGGUCUGACUGUGCUAAUAUUAUACUUCUCAUUGUCACAUGGAUAGUCUGACUGUGCUAAUAUUAUACUUCUCACUGACACAUGGAUGGUCUGACUGUGCUAAUAUUAUACUUCUCACUGUCACAUGGAUGGUCAGACUGUGCUAAUAGUAUACUUCUCAUUGUCACAUGGAUGGUCAGACUCUGCUAAUAUUAUACUUCUCACUGACACAUGGAUGGUCUGACUGUGCUAAUAUUAUACUUCUCAUUGUCACAUGGAUAGUCUGACUGUGCUAAUAUUAUACUUCUCAUUGUCACAUGGAUGGUCUGACUGUGCUAAUAGUAUACUUCUCAUUGUCACAUGGAUGGUCAGACUGUGCUAGUAUUAUACUUCUCACUGUCACAUGGAUGGUCUGACUGUGCUAAUAUUAUACUUCUCACUGUCACAUGGAUGGUCAGACUGUGCUAAUAUUAUACUUCUCACUGUCACAUGGAUGGUCAGACUGUGCUAGUAUUAUACUUCUCACUGUCACAUGGAUAGUCUGACUGUGCUAAUAUUAUACUUCUCAUUGUCACAUGGAUGGUCAGACUGUGCUAAUAUUAUACUUCUCACUGUCACAUGGAUGGUCUGACUGUGCUAAUAUUAUACUUCUCACUGUCACAUGGAUAGUCUGACUGUGCUAAUAUUAUACUUCUCACUGUCACAUGGAUGAUCUGACUGUGCUAAUAUUAUACUUCUCACUGUCACAUGGAUGGUCUGACUGUGCUUGUAUAAUAUACAAGUAUAGUAUAUUACUAGCACAGUCUGACCAUCCAUGUGACAAUGAGAAGUACAAUACUAGCACAGUCUCACCAUUUACUGUAAAUCCCCCCCUUUCAUAAUAUUGUAAAGCGCUGUGGAAUUAGUUGGCGCUAUAUAAAUACUAAUAAUAAUAAUAGUAUAACAAUAUGUGUGACAAUAUGAUGAACAGUUCUAGCGCAACAUGACCAUCAGAGUAAGAAUAUGAUUGACAAUCAUAGUGAAUCUUUAACGUAUGUGUCAGGAUAUGAUGGAUAAUCCUAGUGUACUUUCCAAAUCUUUGUGGGUACUAUAUGGACAAAUAUUGUUUAAAAUUAUAAAUCAUGUUUAAAAUCUUUUCUUUUCUUGGUUAAAUCCAGUUCUAAUCUAAUAUAUAAAUAAAAUGAUGGUAAUGUACACAAUCAAUAGUGUAAAAGAGAGAGGAUGAAUAGCAGGAUAGUAGAAUUGCAGAGAAAGGCUGAGGAAUAAUUACGAAGUCUUUCAAAUAGGUACCUGCUAUCUCCCUGGCCUAUGAAGCUGCCGAGAGUGACAUAAUGAAGAGACAACCAAGAAACCCGAGGACUGACAAACUGGUGAACGAGCGGCUAAUUAGCAUGGCUUAUGGACAAAUUGGUGAGUGCCAUUAAUGAACGUGCUUCAGUGAAAAGUCAGUCCCAAUGAAUAUUUAAUUAAUUUCAACUUUUAGUGACAUGCAGUUGACUCAGGGUACUUUUAAAAAGCGCAUAUCUCAAGUCCAACUGUCAGGUGAAGGAAUGAAUAGUAAUGAAACUACCUAGCAGGCUAACUGCAGAUACAGGGCCACUUCCCUUCUUUUACAAGUAAAAUAAUUUAUAUUUUUUUCAUAAUUGCAGAAUCUGUUUUACAGGCUCACUCAUAGAUGAUACACUUAAUUGAGGACUAGUGAUGUCCCGAACGGUUCGCCGAACAGUUCGCCACGAACGGUUCGCCACGGACAGUAAACUUUGACCCUGUACCUCACAGUCAGCAGACACAUUCCAGCCAAUCAGCAGCAGACCCUCCCUCCCAGGCCCUCCCAUCUCCUAGACAGCUCACUAAGAAUGCAGCUUCACAAUGAAUGUAAAAUGGAUGCUGUCCAGGAGGUGGGAGGGCCUGGGAGGGAGGGUCUGCUGCUGAUUGGCUGGAAUGUGUCUGCUGACUGUGAGGUACAGGGUCAAAGUUUACUCAAUGAUGAGUCCGCGGCGAACCGUUCGGGACAUCACUAUUGAGGACUUGUUAGUGUGUAUACCACCAGUGCACACUUCAUAAAAAGAUCCUGUACAUGCAGGGGAAAUGUUAGCAUUUUUGUAAAAUGAUGCAUUUUAUUUAUUUUUGCCCCCAAAUGUCCUGUCUACAGUGAGAGCACUUUAUCACUCAGCAUGCUCGUUAAGUAAUUAGUUAGUUAAGAGAUUAUUAUGCUUCAACGUACGCUUGCUUCAUAUCAAAUAGUACGAUUUGAAAAGUUACGGUAUAAGUGUAAUGAACAUAAAAGCAGAAAUGUAUCAAAAAUUUUUACCUGACUUGUAAGAAGCUUCUCAGUCAAGAGAACCCCCAAUCUGAUCUUAUCCCAUAAACUCCUGUCCAGAAAAGUUUAUUCCAAAGCCACAGUUCCACUUACCACACAGUGAGUGAACAUGUCAAAUAAGCUGACAGCAGAUAUACCCCAGCUGAUGAAAGUUUUUUAAUACUCCAGUUCUCAAAAAUGUGCAUAGUGAUUUUAUUAGUUCAUGACUAAUGGAGCUCUGGCUCCCUCCGAGAGGAGGAGAGAACAUGCACAAGUUGGAUGAAACUAAGACUGCAAAGCAGAAAAUAAAAUGUCAAACUUUUUUGUAUCUGUUCCAGGAGAAUGCAGGUCCCUGCCGCUAUACGCAAACCUGAGAUGAAAGACAAGGUGCAGGGUAUUCUAUGUGCCAUAAUCUUUGCUAUCAUGAAAAGUUGUUAUGGUGCUUAAAAGAACCCUUUACAUUUUUAAAGUAUAUUGUACAAUGUCUUGGGGCUGAACUUCCAUCCACGUGACAGCAAAUCCGUGUCUAAUAAGCUACUUUGGUCAUCAAACCCUUGACCUGACUUCCUGCACCACUGACUCCUCUAAACACAUGCAUUUAAAUUUCAUUUGGCCGUCACAUUCGAACGUUUGUUUGGAAAUAGUAACGAGUCUGAAUACUGAUGUCUAAUUAGCGUGUCUCACAAAAUAGGAAGAAAACAGGGCAAUUUGUUUGCCAGGCCUGACUUUACAUAGAUUAACGGCUCUGUUUAGAAAGUCAAAUUAUAGAUCACAGUCCAACUGCAACAUGAAUAUUAGAUGUAAUUAUAUUGCACGUGGCAACAAACACAUCAGUCAUAUGUUGUUCUUUUUUGCCGGGGUAUAAUAUAUGUGUAGGUAAUUGGAAAGGCUGUCCAUGUCUUUUAUCAUCCUUAGCGUAAGAAAAAUAAUGGUGUAAAUGUUAAUUACACAAAGACACAACAGACCUACACUGCACAAGGGAAUCCUCUAAACUAAUGCAGAGCUUACAAACUGCAUUGUAAUGGUAUUACUUGGAAUUACUGAUCAGAACGGCUAAAAUUCUUUAUUGAUUGCGAGGGCAAAAUUCCAACUACUUCCCACUAAAGUCCAUGGAUUAGUUUGGUUACCAGGGUCCCUUGACUGCUCAAGCUCAAUAUGUAGGAGCUUAACAGUUAAAGUGGAUCUUUCAGUAUUUCAUUAAGAUAUGUUCUUUAUGAAAUACUGAUUAUGACUGAAAUUUCACUGAAAUUCUAACACAUUCUAAAGACACGAUAAGACCUCCAGCAUAUAGUGUCAUUUUACCCCUUUCCCCUUAGAAUGUAAGCUUGUUUGGACCUUUUGUUCCUAUACGAUUAACAAGUCUUGUUGCAACUACUUGUUUGUUAGUCCAUUGUGGAAUUUAUCGUCACUUUAUAAAUAGGAAGAAGGAGAGAAAGUAGGGACUAGUUUGUCCACAAUGGUCUGACUCAAUGUAACUGACUAACCGGAGGACCCCCAACAUGAUGUUUUUUAAUACGUAUAGCUGGAAAGGCCUUUUGGUAGACACCAGCUGUUCUAGCACCAGAACUUCCAUUAUAUUUGCCAGCAUUAAAGGUACAUCAAAUGAAAGGAACAUUCAAACGUUAGGAAUAAAAAAACGAUUUAGAAUUAUGCCCCUAUGCCCUUAACAAGUAAAAUAAAUAGUAUUACUUACCUUUAGUCCACAUGCAUGCUGGUUGCUCUGUGGCUACCACUCCACCCAACCUGAAAUCACUGAACCAAUCAGCAUGUCCUCAUAAAGAUGCAUUAAGAAAAAAAGGAGGGUUGCACUCAGUCACAAGUUGUAAUACAGGGUGCACUGAGCAUGGGUCAGAAAACCCCAAACAAUCUGUAUAAAUGAAAAAAAAUCUCAGGCACUCACUGUGAUCACUUCCAGGCAGUGUUCAUAAAGACCUGGUUUAUCAAAGACCUGGUUGAUCAAUGUAGGUCACAUCUUCUCCUCUUCCAUGUUGGUCCUGUAUGAAGAAAGUGGUUUAUCUAACAGAGCCUUCAUUAUUACACAGAUAACCACCAUGCUUUACAUUUUCCAGAUUCUUCUAAAAUCUUGUAUAAUCCUCAGGAAUGAUCCAGGCACUCGGCGGAUUCUUCACCUAUUUUGUAAUCCUGGCAGAGAAUGGAUUUCUGCCUUCACGUUUGCUAGGGAUCCGCUUAGACUGGGAUGACAGAUCUUGCAAUGAUGUUGAAGACAGCUAUGGUCAGGAAUGGGUGAGUGCACUAUCAAGAACAAGGCUGUUUCCAUCCUUCCAGCUGCUGUUGAACAACAAGUCUAAUUAAUAUGUUUUUGAGCUCCCAUCUUGGCAACAUAUGUUUAGGUUGUACCAGUUUGGCAACAGAUGUUUUGCUGCCUCCAGUUUGGCUAACAGUGGAGGAAUGAGGUGUUCUAGUUUAGCAACAGUAGGGAUGGAACAACGAGCCAUGACUUUAUUGGCAUCUUUCAAGGAUUCAUCUGAGGCUUGGCUUCUCCUCAUCUGAGGCUUGGCUUCUCCAUAUCUUAAUCCAAAUGAAACUAAAGUACACGGUCAGUUAUAAUCUUUUGUUUCUUAUCCACUGCUAACUGCUGAGCUUUCUUCACAGACCUACGAGCAACGUAAGGUUGUGGAGUUUACAUGUCACACUGCAUUCUUCGCCAGUAUUGUGGUUGUCCAAUGGGCUGAUCUGAUCAUCUGUAAAACCAGGCGCAACUCAGUCUUUCAGCAAGGAAUGAAGUAAGGGACAGAAGACAAAUUCGGGUUGGGUAUGCCCUUUCACUUGGGAAGGUUUGUAUAUGAUUUCCCUAACUGUUCCAUCUUUAUUUGUCCAGGAAUAAGAUUUUGAUCUUCGGAUUGCUGGAAGAGACUGCGCUGGCCGCCUUCUUAUCAUACUGUCCCGGAAUGGACGUAGCUCUAAGAAUGUAUCCACUAAAGUGAGUUAAACGUAGGAUUUUUUUUUUUCCAUGUAUUGGUUCCAUGUGGAAACUUGUAAGGCUUUUAAGUUUGAUCUGUAACCUAAACAAAGAUUAUUGGCACAAACAAGCUUGAGUUUGAUGGUAUAAUGGAAAACUUCUCAAAAACAUUAUAAAAACACACCCCAUGGUGCUUAGUGAGAUGAGACUCUGCCACAAGGUGCUUAAAUGAUGGUAGAAUAAAAAAUGCCGUGGCUCAAAGAGCUUGUGACCAAGGGGUAUAAUAAAGAACCUCAUGACGGAGCUUGUGAUUUAAUAUAAUAGAAGAAUCUGCACUAACUAUCUUAUAAGCAAGCAAUAUAUUAAGAAACCAUAUGCCAGAGGACUUACUAAGAAUAAAAAAAAACAUUUAAGGAAGUUACAGAGGAGAGUAAAAUAAUCUUUAAUAUUUUUUUUUUUUAAAUGAUUUCUUUAAUCCAGUAAUUAAUACAUUGCCUUGGGAAGGGUGCAAUAAAUAUAUAAAGAAAACCAUAUAUACUUAGACCGUAAAUUUCUGAGCAGUAGAUACUGCACAUAUGGCCACCAGAUGGCGAUAAAAACUGUACCCAGACACAGUCCAGUCUGAGCUCAUUAAAUUUUCAUUGGAAGUUGAUCCACUCUGAUGGAGUAUAGUACCCUGUUUUAGCAUAUGUGUGCCAAAUUCAUGUAUUUUUUUAUUUAUCGUUUUAUGGAUGCAGUGACGUGUAUGAAUAUAUUUAGCACAAUAAACAUUUUUAACCGUGUCCGGCAAGUCACAGCAUCUAGGUUUCCCAUGGCCAGCUCAAUUCAUAUGCAAUAGAUUUAGUGUUUCUUAGUGAGAAGGACAAUCAGACAAGCAGAACUUGUAAUGGUCCAUAUAAUUAUAUAACAUUGGGGUGGAUAUAGAGAGGUAGUGAUAGUACUUUUUAGAUUCCUGGUAAGAUCUCACCUAGAGUAUUGUGUUCAGUUCUAUAGAGCAGAUCUCCAGGAGGAUAUAGAGAGGUAGUGAUAGUACUUUAUAGAUCCCUGGUAAGAUCUCACCUAGAGUAUUGUGUUCAGUUCUAUAGAGCAGAUCUCCAGGAGGAUAUAGAGAGGUAGUGAUAGUACUUUAUAGAUCCCUGGUAAGAUCUCACCUAGAGUAUUGUGUUCAGUUCUAUAGAGCAGAGCUCCAGGAGGGUAUAGAGAGGUAGUGAUAGUACUUUUUAGAUUCCUGGUAAGAUCUCACCUAGAGUAUUGUGCUCAGGUCUAUAGAGCAGAUCUCCAGGAGGAUAUAGAGAGGUAGUGGUAGUACUUUAUAGAUCCCUGGUAAGAUCUCACCUAGAGUAUUGUGUUCAGUUAUAUAGAGCAAAUCUCCAGGAGGAUAUAGAGAGGUUGUGAUAGAUCCCUGGUAAAGUCUCACCUAGAGUUCAAAGACAAGUUGGUAAAAAGUGGAUUAGCAGAUUAUUGUGACAGGCAAAACCCUGAAUAAAGGUUGUGUAACACAUAGCAGACAUGAUAUUACUCAUUGAGCUUGUCUCUUUUUAUAUUUUCACAGAGUUACCUGGUGGUUCUGUGCCUUCCCUUACAGUCUGCUUAUCUUCCUGUAUGAUGAAGUGCGGAAGUUUAUUUUGCGUCGUGAUCCAGGAGGUAAGGGAACAAGGCAGAGAUAGCUGAAACUUAAUAAUUAGGUACAGAAUGAGCAGAAACAGGUCAAAAUAGCAGCUACAGGAUAGGCUAAACCCGUGAGCAGAAUAUGAUAAUGUACCCCAUGUUUAAGACAUGGGAGCUUUAUGUUGGGUAAGUGGAUUCAAGUCAAUCAACAAGCUAAGAACAAUUUUCUGAGUGGCUAAUUUACUAUACAUAACCCUUAGAGAGCUAGAUGUUCUUCCAAAUGUUUGUUUGCUGCACAGCUACCCAAUAAGAGUUUUUCCUUCAGAAGAAGCUACUAUCGCUAGAAAAAAAAAUCCACAGCCAAGCUUUUAUUGAGGUUCAGCAAUCAAGGAUGGAUGAAUGGGUGUGAAGCUUUCAAAAGUUAUAUAUUUUAGAAAUUGACUCACAGUUGUGUUCAUAGUUUACAGGUCUUUCUUUUCAAAAACUUUCAGAUUCCAGUAAGUGUAGGAGAUAGGGUACCCUACUUUUGCUGUCAACUCUCAUCCUCAUGCUCUUCUCUUUUCAGGUUGGGUGGAGAAAGAAUCAUACUAUUGAGGAGUCUGUUUCAAAUGGAACACUCCAAGUUGAAGCUCUUAGGCUUUAUAUUCUUAGACGGAAGUUUGACUGAACGGUACAGAGCGAAGAAAACCAACUUAUUAAUUAAACUCCAGUUCCAAUUUUCCAGAACCAGUUCCAGCUGGAAGUUCCUUUACAACGAGGGAUAGCAGAUUAACAAGAGACAAUCUAUAUUUGAUUGUAGAGCUAAGGGUGGACUUGGCCAACUUUUUAAGAAAUACAUUUCCCCUAAUCAUGGAAGAAUAACUUCUUCCAUAGCUGAAAAGUCUGCUACCAUCGGAUUUAACAUCAAUGAAACCAACCUUCCAAAAUAACAUAGUGCAGGCUGUCUUGAAAAUAUGAAAACACGACUUGCAAUGUUUUGUAAAUUCGGCUAAACACAUGCACUCUUCCAAGGUCACCUUCCCCUGUCCAUUCUAUGCGAUGUGUGUGUGAAAAAAUGUAGAUUCUUAUUUUUGUCUUUCCUCAAGAGCCCCCCUCAAAAUACUUCACCCACUCACACAAUAGGUUUACAAAUAUAUUUCUAUAAAUAUGGAAAUUGGAUGGUCAUAUUAUUAGGACACUUCUAGAAACACAAGUAUGGAUAUAGAUAAUCCAUUCAAAUGAUUUCCCAAUGCUGUCCAACUUUAUAUCACCGGGACAAGGACAUCUGAGCAAACAUAGACUAUUCAUCUAUGAUCUUCCACACAUAACUCCAACUCCAAAAUGAUACUUAGUAAUUCUCUGUACAGGAGAUAUUUAACUGUAUGGGGGGACAACAUCUGCAUAAGGGUUUUAUUAACUAAAAGGUGAAAUAGUCACUCAUGUUCUAAACUUUUCAACUUGGGUUAUUGUUCCAACUAGUCUUACAUUGACUGACUUUCCCAAUGGAUUUUAAUUCAGUACAAAGGACCAUUUAGUCAUACAUUUUCUUCAGAGAUUUUUCCUUUAUUCUAGUGAAUAGAGUGGAAUGAAAUGAGGGUUUUGCAUAAUGUUGAUGUUGCCACUGGAGUGAAGACUCUCCAAAUUAUCACCCCUUCUUAAGACUCUCCUCACCAUCAUAUUCGUUAUCUAACAAUUUCAGCAAUGAUCAUUUUAAUUGAGGUCCUUGGUAUAACUAUUGUUAUCAAUAAUGAACAAAACUGUUUCAAAUUUAUGUAAUCUCAUGCAUGAAACCUGUGUACAAGAAAGUAAAAAAAAACAUCUCAAACGCU